AUGGAUCCGAUAUGUGUAGUUAAAUUUGAUGAAAAUGAAGUAAGUUUUGUUCCAGCAAGCUGCAUACACUCAUCAAAAAACGUGAAAAUAAAAGUAAACGGUGAUUAUUUAUUUGUUGACAAAAAUGAUAGACAUCGGCGUCUUCGAGGUAAACUCCUAUUUAAAGGAACAUUCGAGGAAUGCGAAGAAUAUUGUGAAGGUAAUACUUCUUUAACAGUUGAUAAGUCAACAUGGUUGGUUACCAUUGUCUCCGAAUCAAAUAACAAUAACAAAGUAACGGAAUGUACAACAUUUAAACAAAAAAAGCGAAAAAAUGAAUCAAACAAACCUGAGAUUAUUGGAAUGCAAAUGAAAACAAAUUCAUCAAUUACGAUUGUUAAGAAAUCAACUCAAAUUGAUAAAACAACACAAAACAAUCAACAAAAUGCAUUUGAUAAUCAGAAGCGACAAUUUAAUGAAAAUAAUACCAAUGAUGAACCUGAAUCAUCCGUUUCAGCUAUGGAAUCUUCAAUCGUUGUAGACCUUUCUAAUAACAAUUCCUUUGACAAUAAAAUGUCAUCGAAAUGUCCAGCUGAUUUAAAUCAAUCUCAACAACAAACAAAAUUAACAGGAGUUGAUCGACAAGAAAAUGACACCAUCUUUAAUGAUGAUAGUGCAUCGGAUGAUGAAUUAAUUUUACCUCGUCAUAUUCAAAUUGAAAUAAAGAGUAAUAGAAAACGAAUUAUUGAUCUGGAAAAUCAAUUAAAAGGAUUGAAACAUAUGUCCAUUCCAUUUUCAACAACUGAAGAAAGUGAUUAUUUGCGCCGUGUGUUGGCCGUUGUUGAUAUGCGUAAUGAAUUAACAAAAACAAGAGCAAUUAAUGUGAGUUAA